CCCGUCCGGACGGCCGCGCAGGCGCAGUCUCUCCUGGUGUAGACGCGGAGGCUUGGCCCCACGGGUAAGUAACAGAUGCGGGUGAAAGAGCCAUCCAAAGUUGCAGCUGAGAAAGCCAAAAGAAGUAAAAGGCCUCUUGUACCUCACGAUGAAGACUCUUCCGAUGACAUUGCUGUAGGUUUCACGUGCCAACAUGUAAGUCAUGCUGUCAAUGUGAAUCAUGUGAAAAAAGCAAUAGCAGAGAAUGUGUGGUCAGUUUGCUCAGAAUGUUUGAAAGAAAGAAGAUUCUAUGAUGGACAGCCCGUACUUCCUUCUGAUAUUUGGUUGUGCCUCAAGUGUGGUUUUCAGGGAUGUGGUAAGAACUCAGAAAGCCAGCAUUCACUGAAGCACUUCAAGAGUUGGAGAACAGAGCUUCAUUGUAUCAUAAUUAGUCUGAGCACGUGGAUUAUAUGGUGUUACGAGUGUGAUGAAAAAUUAUCAACGCAUUGUAAUAAGAAAGUUUUGGUUCAGAUAGUUGAUUUUCUCCAGAAACAUGUUUCUAAAACGCAAACAAGUACCUUUCCCAAAAUUAUAAAACUUUGUGAAGAAAAAUGUGAAACAGGUGAAAAAAAGAAGGGAAGAAAAGGAAGCUGUAUAACAUCUGUAAAGGGAAUUACGAAUUUAGGAAAUACCUGUUUUUUUAAUGCAGUUAUGCAGAACUUGGCACAGUCUUAUAUUCUUACUGAACUGAUGAAUGAGAUAAAAGAAAAUGGUACAAAGCUCAAGAUUUUUCCUUCAUCAGACUCUCAACUGGACCCAUUAACAGUAGAACUUUCGAGCCCGGGACCGCUGACCUCAGCCUUGAUCCUGUUUCUUCACAGCAUGAAGGAAACUGAAAAAGGACCGCUCUCUCCUAAAGCUCUUUUCAGCCAGCUGUGUCAGAAAGCCCCUCGAUUUAAAAGUUUUCAACAACAGGACAGUCAGGAGCUUCUGCAUUAUCUGCUGGAUGCAGUGAGGACAGAAGAAACAAAGAGAAUACAAGCUGGCAUUCUAAAAGCAUUUAACAACCCAACAACUAAAACUGCUGAUGAUGAAACUAGAAAACAAGUCAAAGCAUAUGGAAGAGAAGGUGUGAAAAUGAACUUCAUAGAUCGGAUCUUUAUUGGUGAACUGACUAGCACAGUCAUGUGUGAAGAAUGUGCAAAUGUCUCCAUGGUGAAAGAUCCUUUUAUUGAUAUUUCACUUCCUAUAAUAGAAGAAAGGCAUCCUGUUUCAAAACCUGUACUUUUGGGAAGAACGAGUAAAUAUAGAAGUUUACAGAAGGCAGACAAUGGUCAGUACAGUGGUAUUAUUACUAUAGAAAAUAUUCAUCAGUGCAGCACUACCAGGAAGCAUUCUUCAUCCAAAGAUAAUCAUCAACUAAUUCAUGGCAGAAAACGUACAAGGAAAUUGCCAUCCGGAGAAGAUAAAGCUGUUGUCAUAUACCGGAAAAAUGGAAACUCUGAAGUGAACAGGGAUUCUUCAGUGUUCGUGAGCAUCAUGAACACUGGGUCACCUCUGACUGAAAACCCUACUGACGGCAGUGCAAAAGAAGCCAGCCAUUCUGAAAGUAGUGUCGAUGCUGACAGUGAGGCUUCGGAAUCUGAAAGUGCUUCUAAGAAGACCCUGUUGCCAAGAUCCAGUAGUGGCUGCUGUGUGCAUACAAAUGGGCAUCACCGUCCCUCAGCGAGCGAGACACCCUGCAAGGAGACCGACAGUGGUGAUGAGGGAAUGGCUGAUGCUAUUUCUGAACUUCAUUUAAGCAGCACUGUAACUGGAGAUAGAGAUUUCGAUGAGGAAAAUCAGCCACUAAGUCUUGCAAAUAAUUUAUAUUUUUCAGAGGGGAGGCAUAUGAUGUCUUCCAGCCCCCAAAAUGCUUUUCAGACCCUUUCUCAGAGCUAUGUAACUACUUCUAAAGAAUGUUCAGUUCAGUCUUGUCUCUACCAGUUUACAUCUAUGGAAUUAUUAAUGGGGAAUAACAAGCUUCUAUGUGAGAACUGUACUGAAAAGAAACAGAAGUGCCAAAGGGAAACCAGUUCUGCAGAAAAGAAAGCAGAGGGGAUUUACACUAAUGCCAGGAAGCAGUUGCUCAUUUCUUCUGUUCCAGUUAUCCUAAUACUCCAUCUUAAAAGAUUCCAUCAGGCUGGAUUGAGUCUUCGAAAGGUAAACAGACAUGUAGAUUUUCCACUGAUACUUGAUUUAGCACCAUUCUGUUCUGCUACUUGUAAGAAUGUACAUGUGGGAGAGGAAGUUCUCUAUAGUCUGUAUGGCAUAGUGGAACAUAGUGGAUCAAUGAGAGGAGGUCACUACACUGCGUACGUGAAAGUGAGAACACCCUCCAGGAAAUUAUGGGAACGUAUCACUGGAAAGAAAAGUGUACCUGGUUUGAAAGAACCGGAUAGUGAAUUGGCAGGCCAGUGGGUCCAUGUCAGUGACACUUAUGUGCAGGUGGUUCCAGAAUCAAGAGCACUUAGUGCACAAGCAUAUCUUCUUUUUUAUGAAAGAAUAUUUUAAUUAUUUGUUAAUUGUUGAGGGUGAUGAUUAUUUAGAUCACAUUUAUUUAAAUGCUGCAAUGAUAACCAUAAUACGCAAUGUGCCUUUGUAGUCUCUUCUCUUAUGUAGGAAUAGUAUGUCCCUCAAAUGCUCCUGAACAUUUUUACCUUUUUGGUGAAUCCUCUUAAAGUAAAUUAAAUUUAGUCAAUGCUUCCAAGUAUAUAUUUUUAAAAUAAAUGUAAACACAUGUUUAAAAAAUUGUUUGUCUUGGAACAAAAGUAGAAUUUCCAGUAGUAGAGGAAAUGCCUUUAUGAUGUGGAUUAUUAUUAUAAGCAUUCAGAAAUGAUGUUGGCUAAGUCAGAUCCUUCCUUAAACAGUGUUACCCAGAUGGGAGUCACAUGCCACCUUUCUGAUAUGUAUAUAUUUACCAUGCCAUUAUUUACUUAAAAUUUUUUACCUUAUUUUUAGCUUUACUUUUUUUAACCAUAGCCCUAUUUUGAGCAUAUUCCACAUUUUAUGUGCUAGUUGUGUUUUUUAUAAUAAACCUUAAAGUAAUAUGUAACUAUUAAAGAAAAAUUGUUCAUUCAUGUAGUAGUUCACUUAAAAUCAUCUCAGGACUAUCUGGUGGUAUAUGUAUGCUGUUGCAUGGGUAACAUUGUUAUCACAUGUCCUUGCACAACUGACAUGGUGACUUUGUCUUAUUUUGUAUAAUUCAGCCAUAUAAAAAGGUAUCAAUAUAACUUCAGUCAUAUGGAUUUACAAAUAAUAUAUUGAUUAGCUUAGCUUUGAAGUUUUGAGACAUAGAAAAUACAUGUAACCUAUUCAUGGUAGAGUUGAGGAUAAUUUGCAAAUAAUUAGCCAAGGUCAAACUAUAAUUAUAGAUAAUUCUAACAUGCAGAAUUGAUAAGUAGAAGUUGUUAAUCCAUAUGAAACCAUAGGAUAACUUUGAAAUAUAAAUUACCAAAUUUGUCAAUGAUAGACAAUUGUAUUCUUAUAUUUAACAAAGAAGUCUAAUACAUUUUUAGUGCUAUAAAUCAGUAAGUAUUAACCAUGGUUUUAGGGUUUUGCAACCCCUUGGUAUUCAACAAGCAUCAUUAAUAAGUUCAAGUGAGUUUAGCUUUUAUUUUAAUGGGGCAUGAAGUUGGCAUUUGUGAUUUUCUUUUUAAAUAAAUUAUUGCAAAGGCAUGAUGGUUUAAAAAAGAUAUGAUUUUUUUCCUCUAGAAUGCAAAUUAUUAAGCUGUUAAAGCUUGGCAGGAAAACAUUACUAUUACUUGGGCUUAAAUUUUAAAAAUAAUCGCUACCUUGGUAUCACUUUACUGAAUCAAAGCACCCUAAUCAUUAAUACCAGUGAAGAUACUACAUACAGGCAGGUGCUGGGUUAAGUACUUAGUUCUAGUUAACUCUUCUCUUGGGAAGGAAGGAUAUGAAUAGAGGCUGGAGAUAACUGCGAAAAUAUUUAACCAAGACUCUGGUUAUACAUUACAUUAUCAAGGUUACUAGUGCUGCCUUUUGAUACAUGGAUGAAUGGAAUUGUGAUUCUUGUUAAAGAUGGUAAUAAUAUACAAAAUGAACAACUGAAAAGUGUCAUGGCACAAAUUCUAUUUUUAAGCGUUGCAAUUUCAAUAGUAGUAAUUUUCUUGAUUUUUAACAGUGAGAUGAUGGAGAAAUAUAGAUUAAUCUGCAAACUCAGGUUGUUUGUCCUAUAAAAGGUGGUUAAACAGUGUUUAAAUUAGUGUCUCUGUUUAAUUGUAAUUCAUUAACAUUGAAGAUUUCAAUUCCAGAGUAGUGAAUUUUUUUUUUUUUUGAGAAAUACUAAAUGUCUUUAUUCAAGUCAGACAUCUUGGUAACGACAGUUACCAUUCACUACCCCAAAUGUAAAUAUUGUCACCUCAUUUUUCUCCUAGAAAGGACACUAUUAAGAGGCAUGCAUUUUUCAUUGUGUAGUCACCUCCUUCUUUUAUCAUUGAUAGUAGAAAGAGAAAGAGGGAAGUAGAGAGGAAGAGAGAAAGAAAGAAAGGGAAACAAGAGCAUUCUUUUCUGUUGCCUUUUGGCUUGUCCCUUACACAACUAAAGUUAGAGAUGGUAAGUGAUAGGUAAGGGCCAGAAUCGAUGAAAGUUCCUACUUCCUCAUUUUACUGACUGGAUGCCAGGAAAUGCACCAGUGCUGUGCUCAUCAAACAGGAGAUAUUUAAAGCUUUAUUCUGAGUGCCGGUCAAACUGCUUUUUCAUUAAGUGAGUGAUACAUUGUCGCUUCAGAACAUUACAUCCAUACUGAAGUACUGCAGUAGUUUUUAUGCUGUAACUUCACAUUUACUCAUUAUGUAUAUCUGCUGUCGGACAGGCACUGUGCUGACAUUAUUUUGACACACUUUAAAAUGGAGAGGCUUAUGUAAGUGUUAGACAUUACCCCAUGAGUAACAUACAAAUAAAAAUACUUUUAUUUUUCAUUUCCAUAAUGUUAAAUGAGAUAAUUUUAAAAUCUUUUUUUUAUGGCCUAAGAUUUAUGAAUGCUUUUCCAGCUUUGUUGAUAAUGUAAUAAAUUUUAUUUUGAAACCUAAGAAUUUUCUAAUGAUAGCUUUGUAAAUGGAAAAAGUAUGUUAAGUUACACAUGGAUCUGCAUUUAAAUUUUUGUUUGUAUUUUGAAUAUUUCAAAGCACAUUUGCAGGGGUACAAAAUGGUGGAGCUACUAUAAUAACUGUAGUUUCCAGAUGACCUCAGGAAACAGUACAAAUAAGUGAGAAUGUUUACAGAUCCUCAAAACACUGACCAUAAUGUUUGGCCAAGUGAAUUUAAAAAGUAAAGCAGAGGAGUUUCACUAGCUUUAUUUCAAAACUGGAUUAGAAGGUAUGUCUAAUCCCAGUUUCCCCUAGUUUUUCCAUAUUUAAAAUGAUAAAAUUUUGAUUAUGUGCCAAUUAUGUAAAUAUUUUUGACAUACCCAAGUAUGUGUCUGUAUUUACAAUUUUGUCAUUUAAUGUUUUUAAACUUGAUGUGAGGACCACAUUUUUAGGUGGCCAAGGAGAGUGUUAGUUUGGUGUUGGUUCUCAGAACAGUUAUUUGAUACCUGUUUUUUUAUUUUAAAUGUGCCAACAGAGCUAUUUUGCAAUAUAAUAUUUAAUAGCUCUUUGCUCGCAUGUGAUUUUACUCAGUGAUUUUAUACAAUAGUUCAAUAAAAUUCCUUGAAGAUUAAGCUGUGAAAUAUAUCACCGUCAUCUAAUUUUUGUAGUAUAUAAUAACAUCCUGCCUAGUUUUCUUAGAUUUAUAUUCAUAAUUUAUUUAUCUGCAUGUUACAUGAUAAAUAAGCUUAAACCAAAUAUGUUAUGUGCAAUAAAAUUGAGCAUUUAUAUAUUACAUAAUGCAUAGAGAAAGACUAUUUUUAGAUAUUUAAAAUGUUUUGGUUAUGUAAAAUUCAUCGAUUCAAAUCUGUUUAAAAGACAACUAUAUUUUUAAUUUUGAGUAACAUUGGAUAAUACAUCAUUCCUACUGUUUUAUCUUUAUUUUUUUGGCAGUGUUUUUAGAAAAUAGCUAAUUAACUUAUUGAGCAUAUUUCAAUAUUCCUGUAUAAACAUGCAUAAUAAAUAUUAAAUUCUCAUUUA